AUGGGACGGAAGAAAAAUGGACAAAAUCAGAAAGCAGGAGGACAGAAAAAUGUAAAAAACAAAUUAGGAUAUGCCCGGGCGGUUCACUUACACCGUUGUGCUGUCUUUUUGUCUCAAUUGGGUGAGUUAAUUGCUUUUUUGAAUAAUAUAUUGAUUUAAUUUAAAGUUCUCAGGCACUGAAAUUAACGAUGGGUUCUCGAAAACAAGUCGACACAUCUCAAAACUAUGUCGACAAGUAAUGGACACAGAAAUGGUCCAUUUGGAGAGAGAGGAGAAGCAACAGUUCUGCAAAAAUUGUAGAGAAGUUCUUGUUGGAAAUGUGAGUUUUUCUCUUACGAACCAAAACGAAACUGUGCCGUUUCAGUUUUCAAAAUCAAAGCUAACAGUAAAGCAGAAAAGUUCCAUCACAGAGCAAUGCGGGAAAUGUUGUAAAGAACGAAAUUACAUGACCAAAACCGGGUAUGGCAAAAAGCUGAAGGAGCGGUUUGACGUGGAACAAAACCUGACUGAUAAUGAUAAAAAUGAUUGAAUCACUGAAUAAAAAUCACAGUUGUCAAAUUCUUUCGUUUUAUCAAGGUCUUUUCCACCUCGGAUAUAUCAAUUGAAAUUCCCUAAAUCAUAGAAAAGCGGAAGACAGGUGGAAGAGAAUGGCUGACACCGAACAACUGGGCCAAGAUUCUCGCGAUUUGAAUGUGGCUCCGAUUAAGGAAGAGUUCAUCCUUCCGGUGAGUUGCUUUUCUUGACAAUCAUUAAAAAAAAGCUUGAAUGUUCUCAGAAAGAAGAGCGCGAGUUGCCGGAAGAUGUUCAAGCACUGCCAAAAAGAGAAAGAAGAGGAAUGAACAAGACCAGAAGGUUAAACCAAUAAUGGGCAUUUCGCCAAAACGCCUUUUCAGAAAGGACAUGAAGCAUGCGGAGACAAGAAUCCGCGCGGCUGCUGUCCGUCUGUGCCCGUCGGUGAUCCAGCCGGUCGCUUGCAAGUUAGUCAAAUGUCAAAAACAGAAGUCUUAGCUGAGAAAUGUUCUUCAGAUUCGGAGAAAAAUGCAAUUGUGAGCACGAUAUUUCUGCGUUUCUCGAGAGGAAACCAGAGGACAUUGCUGACAAAUGCCCCUUGUACGAUGCUCGCGGUACGUGCCCGUUCAGUUAUGCUUGCCGAUUCGGAAGUGCCCAUGUGGAUGGAAAUGGAAAACAAGCAGAAAAGGUACUCCAUUUCGCAUAUUUUACUUGCCGAAAGUUCAAGUUUAGACGCCGGAAAAGCCGUACGAACAGACGGGGAACAGUCAUUCGAUGAAGAUCCAAGUUGCCCUCCGAAAGCACACUUACGACUUCGAAAAGACUGAAAAGGCACUGGAAGGAAUCAAGAACGAGACGAUCGGAGCGAUGUGGCAGGAGAAACGGAAGUUGGACAUGAAGACGUUGGACGGAAAGAAAUACCUGGCACCGCUCACGACUGUCGGAAAUCUUCCGUUCCGUCGGAUUUGUGUCGACUACGGAGCGGACAUCACUUGCGGGGAAAUGGCCGUCGCCACGAGCAUUCUCUCGGGAGCUGCUUCUGAAUACAGUCUUUUGAAAAGACAUCCUUCCGAAAAGAUCUUCGGAGUGCAAUUGGCCGGAGGGUUCGCGGACACGAUGGCCAAAGCGGCUCAGAUCGUCGUUGAAAACUUUGACGUCGAUUUCGUGGACAUCAAUAUGGGGUGCCCCAUUGAUGUGGUCAAUCAGAAAGGGGGAGGGUGUGCUCUCGCGAGCAGACCUCCCAAGAUGUACGAAGUGCUCGCGGCUACGAAGAACGUUCUGGGGGGCUGUCCAAUGACUGUGAAAAUCAGAACAGGCCAGAAGGAAGGCAUUUUAAAGGCACACGAAACUGUUGAACUGAUGCGCAAGAACCCGUGGCACACGCCUGAUUUGAUCACGUUUCAUCCGCGAAGCAAAGAGCAAAGAUACACAAAAUUGGCGAAUUGGGAGUUCACUGAGCCAGUGUACGAGGCCACAAAACCAGUUCCCUUGUGGGUGUGCGGGGAUGUUCUGAGCUGGGAAGACUAUUACGGGAGACUGGAAAAAAAUUCAAUAAAUGGAAUUAUGAUUGGAAGAGGAGCGCUGAUUAAGCCAUGGAUAUUCACUGAAAUAGACGAGAGAAGAACAUGGGACAUUAGUGCGAAUGAGCGAUUUGACUUGCUCAAAAAGUGAGUGUUUGAUUUUUUUUUUGCCCGAACGGUGUUCGUGCGACCCCGCCUUUUCACCUCCGCUUUCUUCACCUUUCAGAUUCACCGACUACGGUCUCGACCACUGGGGGUCGGACGACGCAGGUGUGGAGCGCACGCGAAGAUUCCUGCUCGAGUUCCUCUCCUUCCAAUGCAGAUAUAUUCCCGUGGGACUUCUAGAGAGACUCCCGCAGAGAAUAAACGAUCGCCCACCGAAAUACCGUGGUCGCAACGAGCUGGAGACUCUUUUGUCCAGUCAGCGGGCUGAAGAUUGGAUUGAAAUCUCGAAGAGACUUCUCGGUCCGACUCCUGAAGGCUUCACGUUCAUCCCGAAACAUAAGGCCAGCUCGUACUAG